CAGUCCAGCAUAGAUGGGCGAUUGUUGCGUAAUAUAUUCUGAUUCGUUGAAAAAAGAAGAGUUUGUAAAGGCAUGCUUUGCGUAAAAAAUUUUUUAUGCAAAUCAAAUUCUGGCAUUCCAACUGUAAGGUUAUGAUUUUAUUAACGAAAGAUAAUAUUAUACGUAUUAUUGCACGUAUGGCGCAUUUUUAAUUAACUUAUCCAAAUGCUUACUAACACCAAACAAAUUGAACUUUCAAUUUUGGUGAAUAUGUUCGUGUUAUAGUCCACGCCAAAUCAGGUAUUCCGAUCGCAUUUUUUUGCUCGCCCGUUUUAUUAUUUUCCUCUGUGAUAUAUUUUUCCAAACAAAAUAGUUGCAGAUAAUUCCAAUUUUGUCCUAGCUGUCUGAAGUGAAAAUAUAAUUGUUUAGGCAAAAUAACUUCUAGAACGCUUAAAAUCAACAAAUUACUUAUUUCAUUAUUUAUAGCUUUUUGAUAUGAUGACCAGCUUUGUGACUAGCCUGAUAGGAAAGGGAGGGGAGGGGGCAAUCUUAAGCACAUACCGUGGCGCCUUCAUUACGGCAGUAAAUCCUAUGUUAAAUCUUAUGGGCGAAAAAUAGUUCGAGCAGCCGCUAAAGUGACAUCAGCGCCAGCCCUCCCCUCCAACGACGCAAUCACAGCAAAUAACCGCCCAAUAGCAGCAACGGAGGAGGGGCUAGGGUGUCUCUCGGUUAACGUGCGACCUCUAGCGGCUUAAUUGAGCGGUGCAAACCGAAACAAAGUUGCACAUUAGUCGCAGAGUCGUGGAAGAGACAGGUAGUUAAAGCAACUCGAGAACAUGGCACUCAACUGUGAAGGAAAGGACUCAAACUCCUUGUCGAAAGAUUCAAACAAAUCAUCAGAAGUAAUUGAUGAAACCCCAUUAAGAUGCAGUUACAGUCAUACUAGGCGACUUAUGCGUAAAGGAGCUUCAUUUCCUGCAUGCAGGUACCUCCUCAGAGAUAUAAUUAAACAUGAAAAAAAGGAAAAGGCUGAUGCCGAAGCCGCCAGUAAUGCAGCUGCGGCUGUAGCUAUCAAUAUGAUUUUACAAGCUACUAGUGAUGAAAGCAAUGCCAUAAUUGAUAGCAGGGAAGACUCUCAUUUUGAAGUGGAACUUGUAGAUUGCAUCGUUGAAAUUAACGAUGCCGAACAAGAUGUAACGACGGCGGCCAACAUUAGCAAUUAUCCAAUUUUAGAAGUGGAUACUGAUUUGCUUACCAGUAAUGAGAGUUGAGAAAAAUCAAAAUAAAAAUUAGUAAUAAAAUAGUAUUUAGUUUUUAAAAAAUGUCGUUUUUAACUUAUUUAAUA